AGUGAGGGGUGCCAUUAAUGCCUUCUUUCCUCUUCAGAUACCACCUUCUCAAGCUCCUUCAGAAGUUUGGCAAAGUAAAGCAAUUUGACUUUCUCUUUCACAAGUCUGGUGCUCUGGAGGGACAGCCGAGGGGUUACUGUUUCGUGAACUUUGAAACCAAACAGGAAGCAGAAAAGGCAAUCCAAUGUCUCAAUGGGAAACUGGCCCUUUCCAAGAAAUUGGUGGUGCGGUGGGCCCAUGCACAAGUCAAGAGAUACGAUCAUAACAAAAAUGAGAAGAUUCUCCCAAUCAGUCUGGAGCCGUCUUCUAGCACGGAUCCACCCCAGUCUAACCUCAGUGUCAGUGCAAAAAUAAAGGCCAUUGAAGCCAAGCUGAAAAUGAUGGCGGAAAAUCCAGAUGCUGAAUUUCCAACAACGCCUGUUUAUUCUUACUUCAAACCACCAGAUAAGAAAAGGACUACUCCUUAUUCCAGAGCUGCCUGGAAAUCCAGAAGAUGAUGCUUAUGAGUGGAUAUGGUAGCAAGAAACACUGCUUUAUAUACCUGGAAUCCUCCAACGCUUUUGUACUUUGUAUAGGGAGAAGGAAAGUGUCACCUGAGCACAAUGCCACUGUUUAUGGCCCGGUGGUAUUGACCCCUUAGGUGGUCUGCUCCUUGUUGCCAGUGUAGCUUCUCAGCUGAACGCUGUCCAGAA